AUCCUCCAGGUCCCACAGGGCUGUGAUGUGACCAACCAACCAACUGUGAUCCAGGAGAAGAGUCGUACUAUGUAAUAAUGUCAUGGCAAUAUCUGUCAUGGCAACACCUCUCUCUUCCCCCUGCUUCACAUCUUUCAAUUGUCCAACCUCUAGUCAACAUCUCAACUUGCACCCUACCUGCUUCCUGCUCAUAGGCCUUUUAAGCUGGAGAGCCUGACUUGACACAAGGGAGAGUUUUAUGGAUUCACCAUGCCUGCUUCUCAAGCUUCUCCUAUUUGGCACAAUUCUAACAACUGCUGCUUCUCUACAAUGUGAAACAUGUACUGGUUCGGGCAGGAAUUGUUCAGGCACCAUGGAGACUUGUAAAAAAGGCGAAGAAACCUGUGUAAUCACAUAUACUGUGGACAUAAAUGGCGGAGUGUCACAUCAUGAAACCACGAAAGGCUGUGGCAAUGCUUACAGAUGCACAUUCCCUCCAGUUUACUUUCAUAUGGAUGAAAAACGAACCUACAGGUCACAUGGGGUCUGUUGCAAAGGAGAGGAAUGCAAUAAUGCCAUGGUUUCAUUACCACCAGUGGAUACAAAACAAAAUGGAAAGCGGUGCCCCGGAUGCCAUGCCUGGUCAGACAGCUGCAAAACAAAGAUGGUGAAUUGUACUGGAAAAGAUUUCCAAUGCUUUGAGAUGGCUUCACAUUUUGAAUUAGCUAAUGGAAGCCACAUAGACCGAACAAUGAUGGGCUGCACGAAUAAGUAUGUGUGUGCUGUAAUGGAAGCAGAACGUUCCCAGUUCUGGUUUGGUACUGAAAACAUCCAGAAGGCCCGAUGUGAAACAGUCGCUUCUCAGGGAUAUCAACCCACCAGCCUUCUCCUGCCACCCUUCUUUGCUCUCUUGCUGAUGAAGAUCUUAAUGUAGAACACAGUUGCAUAACAGUACAACUAUGCUGCGUUCAAUUAGGACUUCAAGGUUCACAAGCUCCAUUUAAAUUGCCUGCAGGUUGGCCUUGCAAAUGAAUUUGCUCUCCUUUCCUCAGGUAAAAUAAACACCGAGC